UAGCUGAACCAUGUCGAAGUGAGCUGAAGUCUUAAUCUGUUUGAACUUUUUGGCAGGCAGCUGCGUUUUCCCGGCCAGGACUGAUAAGAGCCUUGUAUCCACUGGCUGAAGGCCAGCUCGUUACUCCAGAGUGAGGACGGAGACACAACAGAGGUAGAAAGCUCUAGCUCUCAUUGCCUAAAAUCUCUUCAGAGGCCUUUUAGCCGACUGGGAAAAUGUCUAUGGAGAUUCUCAGGCAUCCAGGUCAUGGUUGUCUCAAAGAUGCUUUUUCAAAAGGCAACCAGACUUUUGUUUUUUGUUUGAAGAUGUUUUGCUUCUCAUCCAAGAAGAUUCUUCAGCUCUGACUGAAUGGUAGAGGAUGGAAGGAUUUGCUGCAAGGAAUAUAAUAACUCUGUGGUCCAGAUCAUCAUUAAGAAGCUACAACUAACAUGUAAAAGAAUAUGGAAAUAUAUACUCCAUGUGGCCUGGACAUUACCUUAUAGUAGUGCUAUUUGGAUUCAAAACUGUGAAAGAAGGAAUGAUGAGCUUCCCAGAAGAAUUCUCUUAUCGACCAGAUGAUGCUUUCAUGACAGCUGUCGGGAAUAGAAGGGGAAUCAUUUUCUCCAAUGGCCACAUCUGGAAACAGCAGCGACACAUUGGCGUCACUUCUCUGCGGAAGCUGGGCCUGGGGAAGAAAAGCAUUGAGCAUCAGAUAGAAGACGUAGCUCAGACACUGGUGGAGAUGUUUAGACAAACAGAAGGGCAGCCUUUUGACCCUUCAUGUGCAGUAGCAAAUGCAGUUUCUAAUGUCAUAUGUGCUUUGAGUUUUGGACAUCAGUUUGCUCCUGAAGAUGAGAACUUCCAGAAGUUAAUUAAAGCCCUUGACGUUAUUGUGAAAUUCUCUGGUUGCUUUUUUCAUGUGAUGCUUUUUGUGUUCCCACGAUUAAUGAGCUACCUUCCCGGCCCUCACAAAGAGGCCUCUGCUUCGGUAGAAUUGAUCACUUCCUUUGCAAAGCAGGAAAUAGAGAAACACAAGGAAUCCAGAUCUCUCCAUGAGCCACAAGAUUUCAUUGAUUACUAUCUUCUACAGAUGGAGAAGAGCAGAAAAGACCCCAACUCUACCUAUAAUGAAAAGAACCUAGUUCAGUGUAUUUUUGAUUUUUUUGGUGCUGGAAUAGACACAACCUUCGGUACUCUGAUGUGGGCAUUGCUUCUCUUGACCAAUCGUCCCAACACCCAAGAGAAAAUCCAGAAGGAAAUUGAAGAUGUGUUUGGCUUCUCUGGGUUGAUUUCCUAUCAGGAUCGGAAGAAACUGCCCUACACCAAUGCUGUGAUUCAUGAAAUGCAGCGUUUAAAAAGUGUUUUGUUAGUUGGGUUUCCCAGACAAAGUACAAAGGAUGUGAAGCUGAGGGGUUACCACAUUCCUAAGGGGACCAUUAUUAUCGCAGACCUGCGCUCCGUUCUUCUUGAUCCUGAACAAUGGGAGACACCUGAAGAAUUCAACCCAAAUCACUUUUUAGAUAAGGAUGGGAAGUUCCUUGAUCGAGAAGAAUUUCUCUCGUUUGGAAUAGGUCUGCGUUCCUGUGUGGGAGAGCAGCUAGCAAGAAUUGAGAUCUUCACCUUUCUGACCAGCUUGUUGAGGGCCUUCAGCUUCCGGUUGCCUGAAGGAGUGAAAGAACUCAAUGAAGAACCUGUCGCAAAAGUGAUGAUACAUCCACACCCUUACAAACUGUGUGCUAUUCCCUUACAGUCUUAAGAUUAAGCACCCCAAAAAGCAUAACGUUAGUUACAGAGUGGCUAUUCAGUAUGAUAAAUGUUUCCUAUAUACCUAUUCAUUUAAUAUUGUAUUUUGCUUCUAUUUACUCAAUAGUGAAACUUCUUCAACCUAUUGCUGGAUUCACACAGUGGUGAAAUGUAAAUUUUUUUACUACCGGUUCUGUGGCGUGGCUUGGUAUGGGGGGUAAUGUGACUGGGUAGGCAUGGCCAACUUUUUUUUUUUACUUUUAAAAGCAUUUUUCUACAACCUCUUUGGCUGAAGAGGUUGUAAAAAAAUGCUUUUAAAAAACUCUAACGAUCCCAGCUGAGUUGCCUGAUCGGCAGAGGCUUUUGUUUUCUUUUAAA